AUUAUAUUAUUUUAUCGAUUCGUCGAUGCUGCUGCCACGUGCUUUGGCGGCUUGAACAUCGAGCCGAUAACGUAGAAAUGACGAGAGCAGCCGAACUCUGCCAAACCCGCAGAGCUCACACGGACACGUGGAACAACGCGCUUGUGUUAGAUGAAACAACGGCGAUAGGGGAGUCACUGGGACGUCGUGGAACGUCUUGGAGAGGGUAAAAAUUUGUCCCACGUCCCACGGUUCUGGCAUCACUAGUCCACAUGGUCCACACUGGUCCCACGUCCCACGGUUCUGACAUCACUGUUCCUAAAACUAUUAUGAGUCAUUUUUGCGAAUUACGCUUAGUGAUUAGUGUUAUUUUUAUAAUAAAUCCUUGAUUUUUACUAUAAGUGAUGCAUUAGGCUUGACAAAAUAAUAGUACUUGAAAGCAAAUAAGAUUUUGUAUGUAAUUGAAGGUGUAUAGCAUUUGUAACUUAACAUAUUAAAAUUCAUUUGAAAAAUAAAUAAUUACUUUGCUUAUGUUUUUGAUAUUUUGAUAUUAAAAACAAUAUUAAUACUAAUUUAGUGUUAAACAUAUAAUACUAUUAAGGAAACAGUAUAAACAAACACAUAAUAUUCCUACACUGUUCUUUCAGUAACAUUAUGAAUCAUAGUUAACCAAAUACUAUAAUAAUAGUUUGAAGAGGAAUUAAAUACUAAUAAUAAUACAUUUAAUAGGAUGAUAUGAUACAAAGAAAAUCAUAAUGAUACAUAAAUUAGUACGUCAAAAAUGUAUUUUUCAAAACAAAAAGAAUUUACCUUUUAUACAUACUAGUAUACAAAAUCAACUACAACAGGGAAGAAACACAGAAAAAAAUAAAGUAUCUAACAUCAAGAAGUAUUGGUUUGAUAGAUAUAUAAAUUACAUUAAGAAUUAUGAACAAGUAUUGGAGAGAAACUUUCCACGAACGAUGCAUGUUUAUCGUAUAUUCAGUAUUGGAACCAAAGAUUUUAUUAAUGAUGUAAAGAAAUAUAUUUUGAUAUUGAAAAAGCAAGCCACUUCUGAUGCAAACAGUUUAACUGUUGAGGAAUUACGGUUGAGUUAUACAAUGCCAAAAGAUUUAAUAAAAAUUUGCCCUGUUUUGUUAAUAUCAGCUGUUCCUUUUACAAAUUAUGUAAUUUUUCCUUUGGCAUAUUAUUUUCCAAGACAUCUUCUAACUUACCAUUAUUGGACAUUACAACAAAGGCUUGAGUUUAUGCUAUUGGACCAUAAGAGACGAUUAAAACACAACAGACCAUUAUUCAGAUGCAUGCAAGCAGAACUUAAUAAUAUUCAAAAUCAAACAUUGAGAGUAAAAUGGAAUGGUAUUAUUGCAUGCCUUGGUAGUGGCACACAUCCUAAUGUGAAAGAUAUUAUUGCUUGCUCCGAAUUAUUUGCUGGUCAUCCAUAUUCGCUAAAUAAUCUUAAAAGGAAACACAUAAAAGAAUUACUUGGUAUUCAUGAUAUAUCCUCUUGGAGACUUUUUAAAAUACAGAAACUUAUAGAAAGAGGUAUGCUAAUAAAACGAAUGGAUCAAGCUAUACAAAAAGAGGGUGGAAGUAUAAAGUUGCCAAAUGAUGAAAUACGCUGGGCACUUUCAUUUAGGGGCCUGAAUCCUGCAAAUAUGUCAUUAAAAAGCAUGAGAAAUUGGCUUGACCAGUGGUGUAUUAUAUCAAACACUGUUAAUGAAAACACGAUUUCACUGUUAUUACACAGUCCAAUAUUAUUGGCAUACAAUCAUCCCACUAACUGGAUCCUUAUAUACAAUUAAAAUAUUCUCAAAAAUUUGUCACUCUUUGGUUGUAAAAAGAUGUAUAAAGGUAUUAUAACAAUUCAAUAUUUAAGUAGCAAUUUAUGUUCAAAAUGUUUGUACAAAUUGCUUCAUCUGACCACGUUUAACUUUAUAUACUAUGCUGUAAAUAUUGUGUGUAUACAUGUGAAAAGACAAAGAAAUAUAGGAAAUUUUCAUCAUUUUCUGAUAACAC